UCAAUGACGAUUAAUCAGUUGCGAGACUUUCGCCGUUAAAAAUGAUUUUUUUUGUUAUCAACAUACACUUUGAAAAAGAAUCUUCCUUAAGAAAAAAACAAGAAAAGUUUAUCUUUCUUACUUAUUCUUUUCAAAUUUAAAUUCUAUGUCUACUUUUAGAACAAACAAACAAAGAAGUCAUACCAUCGACAUCGGUGAGUAUUAUAAUCAUCUAUUUCUUUUCAAACAUAUUCAACUGAGUAGAUAUACACAGGAUGUCGAGUAUGCUGCAGCUGAAAUUCUUGCCAUUAAUGGAGGUCAUUAUAUUCGUUUUGCUCUUGAUAAACCAGUAUUACGAUUAUAUACAGUCAUCUAUUCAACAUUUUGGUAUUGGAUAGUAUGGUUUGCAGAUGCUGCUUUACUUCUAUUACCUUGUAUUGAACGACCAGCUUAUUUCACAGAUGUUCCUCCAUGGGUGGCUUUAAUUAUUGAAAUAGCUGCUUUAUCAAUACUUUUUGCUUCAUUUAUUUUAUCAAUGCGUUUGCAAGAUAAAAGAAAAUUAUUACGUGAAGCUGUUUUUCCGUAUAUAUUUGCAGGUGUUUUUCUAUUAACAAGUAUUGAUAUGAUUAUUUAUUAUGUAUUGACAUUAAGAGGUCAUUAUUAUGUUCGAUGGUCACGUCCACUUCGUGUUCUUUUUCCAUUUGCUUUACAAGCUGGUCAAAAUAUUCGCCGUGUUAUUCGAAAUAUUCUUCGAACAUUACCAAAUAUCGGUAAUGUUAUGUUUCUAUUUCUAUUUUCACUAUUAACAUUUACUUUACUUGGUGUUGGUAUUUUAAAAAAUAAAAAAUUAACAUAUCCAAAUGGAUAUGAAUAUUUUACAAAUUACUUAGAUACUGCUUGGGAUUUAUAUGUACUUACAACAACAGCAAAUAAUCCUGAUGUUAUGAUGCCAGCAUUUAAUUCAAGUAUACUCUAUGUGAUCUUCUUUGUGGCUUAUCUAUUAGUCAAUCUUUAUUUAUUCAUGAACUUACUUUUAGCCGUUAUUUUUUCCAAUUACAAACAACAUUUACAGGAAGAACGACAAUUAAUUCAUAAACGUCAAUUAGAUAUUAUUUUGGUUAUAUUUGAACGUAUAACACAGCAUAGUUUAAAUCGUUCUCUAUCAUAUGAAACAUAUGUACGUUUAAUGCGUGCAGUAAAACCUGAAAUAACAGAAAAUAUAAUUGAUGCUUAUUGGAAAACAUUAGAUGUAACUAAUAAAGAAGAUGGAUUAAAUUUAAGACAAUUCAAUGAACUUUUGUUAAAUCUUAACUUUGGAUUAAGACAACGAAGUUCUGAUCAAACAAUACUUCAAAAAAAAAUUCCAUUAAUUUAUAAUUCAAAACCAAGUCGAAUUAUUAUUGAUUUUGUUAAUACAGAUCUUUUUCGAGCUAUAAUUAAUUUAUUAAUUAUUGGUAAUGCUAUAUGUUUAGCAGCAAGUUAUAAUGAUUUAGAAUGGUUUUUCUUAUCCCUAUUUAUUGUUGAAGCUUUAUUAAAAAUGUAUGCAAUUGGUGUAAAAGAAUAUUUUCAUCAUCGAUGGAAUAUAUUUGAUUUUACAAUUGUUUUUGUAUCAACAACUUAUAGUCUUUUAACAGCUUUUGUUAAAACUUUAAGUCUUAAUCGAGAUGUGCUUGAUACCAUUUUAGUUAUUCGAGUACUUCGUCUUGUUAAACUUGUUGGAAACGUUGAACGAUUUAAAGUUAUUUUUGGAACAUUUUCAAAAGUUAUACCAACAUUAAUGACUUAUCUGCGAGUGAUGUUUAUGACUUAUUAUGUAUUUGCAAUGAUUGGAAUGGAAAUAUUUCAAAAUAAAAUAGCUCAAUUGGAUAAAACUUUUCCGCUCGCUGAAUUUUGUAAUAAUACUCGACUUAAUGGUUCAGAAUUUGCAAAGAGUCAAUAUUGUCGAAAUAAUUUUAAUGAUUAUUUAUCAUCAUUGAUUCUUCUUUUUGAAUUAACUGUAGUUAAUCAAUGGCAUGUAUUGGCUUCUGGCUUUGUUAUUGUAACCAGUAAAGCGGCACGCCUUUUCUUUCUUGCCUUUCAUCUAUGUGCUGUUAUUGUAGUACUCAACAUCUUUACUGCAUUUGUUAUUGAUUCUUUUCUUAAUCAAUAUAUAUUAUCAAAGAGUAAAGAGUUUCCAUGGAUUGAACAAGAAAACCUUAUUGCUGAGAGACUCACUCAACAAGGUUAUCGAGUUAUUCGAAGAUAUGAUAAUUCAAAACAAUCGGGAACAAGAACAAGGAAAAAAUUUAAUUUAUUAGAACAACUUCGAACAUUUGUACAACCAUCGAUUUAUCGUCGUAUGACAGUUGUUCUUCAAAGUAUGGCUGAAGAUGAAAAUGCUUUACUUCUUCAUUGGUGUGGUGAUGUAGAUAUUGAUCCCGUUGCUUUGCUGAAUUUGACAAAUGAUACAUCUUAA